AGCAGCUUUAUUGUUCUACUGUGCUUUUUUUUUCCUUGGUGAGAGAAAGGUACAGGCAGCGUCUAGCCAUACUUUCAGUUGAAUGUUGUCGGUCGCCAGUUCAACAUCCUCUGUACACAGCGAGACAAGAUUUUCCGCCCGCCCUUCAAGGGCGAAGGGCUUCUCAUGCGAGCCGCAGCCUCCAAUGGCGUUUCUAUCACGAUGGACUCCGACCGAGCGUGGCUCGUGGUCGCGGCUUGUUGCUGCAUCAACGCCUUCGCCUUGGCCGUGAUUCGGUCGGGUGCCAUAGUCUACGUCGGCGUGGCCAGCACCUUUCGGGUGACACGCGAGGAUGCCGCCUGGCCACUGUGCUUGGCCACCCUGUUCAACCUGGCCGCUGGUCCAGUGUCUGGCGUGUUGGCCAGGCGCUUCAACAUAUGCAAGCUGAUGAGGCUUGGCUGUCUCCUGGCGUCGUUGUCGGUGUCAGUCAGCUAUUUUGCCACCGGCGUCCCGUACCUCAGCGUCAGCCUUGGAGUUUUGCAUGGAUGCGGCCUUUCCCUCGUGGCUCUGAGCUACGCUGUCGUCAACCAAAAUGUGAGCCAGUACAGGGCUCUCGCCUCCGGCAUCUCCAAUGGAGGCUUCGUUCUCGGCGGCAUCCUCUUCCCGCCGCUUGUGCAGUACCUGUUCGACGUUUACGGAACGAGAGGCGGACUCCUCGUUUUCGGCGCUGUCAUGCUCAACUCGACUGCUGCCGCUCUUCUUACGAGCAGCCCGUAUAGCAGAACUCCGCGAUCGAAGGCUGCUUCGGACUGCACCACUUCCUUCCAUCCCGAAGACGCGGCAGCAGUGCUUCACGACGACGAGUGCGUAUUGAAACGACGAGAAGAUGCAUGA